AACACAUUAAGCCUUUUGGGUUUCUUGCGACAACAGGAGCACUGCAGUAUCGCCGAUCUUGUGAAUCUCUGCGUCGUCAUUUUAGAGUUGAUCAAUCCCUUGCAUACUCUUUAUCCAGUUCUUCAUCGGCAUCCAUCUAUCUGAUUCUGGUUUGUGGUGUAAUCAUGUUUUUGACAAGGGUUUUCGGAAGGAGGCUGUUUUCAACAGCAAGAUCAGAGGCUUCUGCAGCUGGGGCUGCUGGUACAGUGAGGACCGCGCAUAACCCGCUUGAGGAGUUCUUUGAGGCAGAUAGGAAUCCAGAGGAGGAAAAACCUGUUGUCUAUGGACGUAGUUGGAAGGCUUCAGAACUGCGUCUCAAGUCAUGGGAUGAUCUGCAUAAGUUAUGGUACGUCCUGCUUAAGGAAAAGAACAUGCUCAUGACUCAGCGCCAGAUGCUUCAUGCUCAAAACUUAAGGUUCCCUAAUCCAGAACGCCUACCUAAGACUUCUGGUCAAUGUGCAGGUUAGAAAAUCAAUGUGUAGAAUCAAGCAUGUACUGACUGAAAGAGCAAUUGAAGAUCCAGAUCCUCGGAGAACUGCUGAAAUGAAGCGAAUGAUAAACGCUCUGUGAUGCUUGUAAGGUUUGUUCUUGUUUAGACUUUUAGCGUGUAUUAAUAAACUGCAUUGGUAAUCAUUUAUGUCGUCGUGAAAUGGGAACCGUUUGUUUUUAUCGGUCUAUGCAAUAGUUUAUUGUCCUUUUUUCAUGGAA